AUGUUCUGUGAUUCCAAUAUACGUCCUUCAGUUUGUCUCGCUAGAACACUUACUGAUAACACUCAAUCUAUAGAAAAAAGUGAUGAAUUUAAUUUUGACCGUACCUUAAAAGAAAAAUGGGAAGAUGCUAAAAAAAAAGGAGUAUUUCGUUACAUACUGAAUAUUAAGAAUUCAAAAUUCUUGACAGGAAAAUAUCAGUUUCUAGCUCAGCUGAACACUGAUCGUGGUCAUAAAAGAAGAUUUCCUCAAAGUAUCAUAUCACUGACACAGCCUUUUGAUGAGAAAUGUUUUAAUUUCACACAUCUCCCUCCAGAAGAAAAAGUAAUAGAUUUAAAUGAAGAUGAUAUAAUUGCAAUUAAUGUUAGUCCAAUAGAAUAUUGUCACUCUUUGUUGAUACCAGAGAGAUGUAAACAGUUACCUCAAGUUGUAACAAAAUACAGUCUAUAUAAAGCUCUUGAUAUAUUUUUAUUAAGUCAUGACUCAUAUAUCCGAGUGGCAUUCAAUAGUCUUUGUGCUUAUUCAUCUGUGAACCACCUUCAUUGGCAUUUAUAUUAUUUAAAUCAUAGGAUGUUAUUAGAAUACAUUGAUCUUGAGGAAUACAUGGGGCCUAUACAGAUUUUGAGAAAUUAUCCUGCAAAUGGAUUUUGUAUAAAACAGUCAAAUGUAAAAAAUAUAGAUGAACUUGUAAAUUGGGCAUUUUUAAUAAUAGAUUAUUUACAAACAACAGAGAUUGCCCACAAUAUUUACAUUACAAGGGCAAUGACUGAUUCUGGAAAACAACACGAAGACUUGAGAAUCUACAUUUGGGCUAGAAAAUCCAGUGUAGGCAUAAAGGAUACUAAUGUUUUUAUUCCAGCAGUUUGUGAAUUUUUUGGACACUUAUCAAUAAAAUCUGAGGAAAUGUACGAAAAUUUAUCGGAAGAAUAUGUAGCAAAUAUUUUAAAAAAUGUAACAGAAGAAUAUUUUUUACUGGUUUUUGAUGAAGUAAAACAUUUAAUAAAAAAGCAUAUGCCCACAUAA